CUCAGUCUCACCUGUGUGAGGUGAUCCGACGAGAAGAGGCGCGAGACGGAGAGACAGAGACAGACAGACACACAGACAGAGAGACAGGAUUACCGAGGAUCCAGAACCUGCAGAUCCAGAACCUGCAGAUCCAGAACCUGCAGAUCCAGUUAUGACUCAUCAUCAGUCGCUGUUGGUGCUUUGUGUCGCGCUCGUGCUGUGGGUGUGUUCCCGCGGCGGGGACGCGCGUGUCCGACUGAACUCCAUCAGGACGGUGAUCCUGAGGGAGGGGCACGCGCUGCCGGUCAACAGGAGCGCGUGGGAGCCGAGCCUGGACCUGACGCUCUAUCAGUGCAUGAGCGACCUGGAGUGCAGCGAGGGCAGCUACUGCCACGCCCCCACCAAAGGCCCCGCCCACUCGCGCUGCCAGACCUGCCGCAGGAGGAAGAGGCGUUGCCAUAGAGACGGCAUGUGUUGUCCGGGCAACCGCUGCAGCAACAAUAUCUGCGUCCCUGACGUGGACACCUUUGUGUCUCAGAGGAUCCCGGACUCGGACGGAGGGAUGAGCCCGCUGUCUAAAAAGAAAGGGUGGAGGAAGAGAGGCAGGGUGGACGUGAAGGCGGUGUCCAGUAAAGGUGUGUGUAGCUUCAGUGUGGAGGCGUGGCGCUCCGUCAGGCGUUGUUUCUGUCGUGUUGACGGUGUUUCUGUCUCCAGGUCAGGUCGGGGAUCCCUGCCUGCGCUCGUCCGACUGUUCCGACGCUCUGUGCUGCGCCCGGCACUUCUGGACUCGCAUCUGCAAGCCGGUGUUGCGGGAGGGACAGGUUUGCACGCGACACCGCCGGAAGGGGAACCACGGGCUGGAGCUGUUCCAGCGCUGCCCCUGCGGGGACGGACUGAGCUGCCGGACGCUGCGGGAGCCCGUCCAGACGCCAUCAUCGUCUUCGGCGUCGCUGCUAGCAGCAGCAACAAUGUCCAAGUUCGCCGCGUCCUCGUCUCGCCACUCGUCCCCGCACACCUCGCCGCUGGCGUCGUCCUCAAAGUCGGCGGCGGUGGCGAAGACGAGACUCCACGUGUGCCAGAGAAACUGAAGAACCACCUGGAAGCAAAGACUUUCCUCUUUCUGCCAAUGACCGAGCCCGAAGGCAACGAGAGGCGGAGACCGAGACGGACGAGCGAGACGGAAACAAGCACACCUGUUCGCACCUGUGACCGCCCCCAGUAUCUCAUGCUAAUCAGCUUCCUGUCGGGUCGCAUUCACACACACUCGGCGGGACGUGAAACUCUUUGUGCUUCAGUUUCCUGCUGAGCGUCUAGACGAGCGGAAACCGCUUUGAAAUCCGGUUUGACUCCAUUUACACCGCGAGGCUGACGCAUGGCCUGCAGGGUGUCGUGCUUUUACUUUGAAAAAACAGAUCAAAUAUAUGUUUGAUGAUUCAUGAUGAAGUCCAGAACUGCACUGUCCAUUUGUUUUGGCCCAAAGGAAUUGGUUUUAUUUUGAAAGUCUGUAAGAACAGCUGAUCUUUGGCCACUGAAACUCUUCCCGCCCAUUUUGGCGCCAAUAGAAACUCGUUAGCUGGUGAAGUGUCGGCUCGUUAGAACACAUGUUGUUUUAUUGCACUGCUUUAUUGUGAAAGAGUUCUCUGUAUGUCCGUGUACUCUGGAUGAAUGUUCCAGAAGUUUCUGUAUUUUAAAUGCAAAUCAAAUAAUCUGUGUUUAUGAUUAAAUCCUCGUUAACACA